UGCUUAAUUCAGCCAAUCCAAAAAUGAAGGUUCUGCUGAUCGUCGCCUUGGCUCUGGUCGCCCUGACCGCCGCUCGACCCUCCGACGUGAUCGACAUCGAGCAGGACCACAUGGAGCACGAGCAGGAGGGCGUCCCAGGAACGGCCGUGGAGGGCGAGUACUCGUGGGUAGCGCCCGACGGCAACGAAUACGUCAUCAAGUACGUCGCCGACCGAAACGGGUACCGCGUGGUCGACGACAACGUCCUUCCGGAGUUCCGUGACGCCAAGCCCACCGGCGAGGCAGAGGAGGAUGACGAGUAGCGAGAUGACUUGAAUCUACAUUAUUUUCAUAUACGUAAUUUUGUGAUGCUUUAAAAUAAACUGUUGAUAAUAAA